GCCCUACUUCCCAAUGCAGCAAGUUAUACUCCUCAGGUGGCCCGCGAUAUCCAAGUCCGAGGCCCCAUCGCUUUCAGCGCCGCAAGCCCUCUUGUAAAAACCACGAAUUAUAUGACUCUACGGAAGAAAGAUCGACAUAACCCCCGCGCUGCGUCAUCGCUACUCGCGAAAAACAGUUCAUUAAUCUCACUUUUUGGAUCCGCGCAGUUUGAUACAAAUGUGACCUUUGGAGAUCAGACCUUUGAACUCCUCGUCGAUACUGGAAGCUCUGAUACUUGGGUCAUACACUCCGACUUCACGUGCGUCAACCAAACAACAUCCGCUCUCUUGACGCAAGCAGCUUGUGCCUUUGGUCCAGCCUAUACUAAGACGCCUGAGUUUGUCCAGAUUCCUGAGGAAAACUUCAAUAUUACGUAUGGUGAUGGCGAGUUUCUCACCGGGAUCUUAGGCUAUGAGAACCUGACUCUCGCUGGGAUCACUGUGAAUACUACAAUCCCAAUCGUGGAUUUCGCUGCUUGGGACGGAGAUGGCACAUCGAGUGGUCUUCUUGGUCUUGGGUAUCCUAAUGUAACACGUGCAUAUGUAGGGACAGACCCCCACAAUGAUAGUGUUCAUGCUUUUUACGACCCCAUUUUCACCACUAUGUAUAAACAGGGCCUCGUUGCCCCCAUGUUCAGUCUUGCCAUCGAGCGUGAUCUUUCUGGUCCCGCCGGGUAUCUGGCGCUCGGAGGCCUCCCUCCAGUGGAUUUUGUGGAAGAAUUCACCAGCACUCCAAUCGUUAUUACUCGCCUGGCAAACACCCAGAAGUAUCCCGUCGGUUAUGAUUUCUACUCCAUCAAUAUGGAUGCCGUCGUGCUGGACAAUGUUUCACUCCCGUCAGCCGCCAAUGGUACUGCAUACUCGUAUCUUGUCGACUCAGGUACUACCCUGAAUUACUUCCCCACAGAAUUGGCGGACGCUGUUGCGGCCGCAUAUGAUCCUCCUGCCACUCAUCAGCCUGACGAUGAUGGGACAUACUACGUUGACUGCAACGCCACGGCUCCUGGACUAGGGCUGACAAUUGGAGGGACUACAUUCUGGACGAAUCCGAUCGACAUGAUCCAAGUUUCUGGAACGGAUGAUGAUGGCAAUGAUAUAUGCGUUUCGGGUAUCUAUAAUGAAGGGUCCGAUCCAACGACAGAUAAAUAUGUUCUUGGCUGCACGUUUUUCAAGAAUGUAGUUGCCGUAUUUGAUGUCGGAGCCGUAGAGAUGAGAUUUGCUGCAAGAGAAUAUUAUGAUAGUAAUAAUUUCGGGACAUAA